AUGUAGGGUUCAAGAAGGCAUCCAGAACUUGAUAAUAUGCCUGACUUUUUAUUCGAAAAUACUCUGAUACUAUCUGAUCCAAGGGAGGAAAACUGUUACUCUACUAUAAAAGAUUAUUGCUGUCCAAAUUUUACUUUAGUGUCAUUUACUGCUAUAAUUUCGUUGAUUCAAUUGUCUUUGUUUAUUGUAAUGUGUUUCUUGGGGGAUUUUAAUCUUCAGAAAACAAUUUUGUGUAUUUUCUCAGAUGAGACUCUUGAUACUUUUGGGAGAUGCUCAGCUUAUAAUGUGAAAUAUAAACUAGAGUUUUAUCGACUGUUGACUUGCUUAUUCAUAUUCAAUAAUGUUAAGGAUUUAUGCGGAGAAUUAUUGUUACAAGUGAUUAUUGUUUCAAUGGCAGAGAAGUUUAUUGAUAAGAAAACCACUUUGUUUUUGUAUUUGAUAACUGGAGUUGCUGGAUCAAUAACAUUCAUAGUGUUUUAUGAUUAGAAUUUCGAAGGAAACUAAUUUUGUGUUUUUGGAAUGGUUGGUUUAAUAUUUGGUUUUAUAAUUCAGAAUUCGUAAUAAGAUGAGGCAAGAUAAGUAAUCAUGUAAGUAACAAUUUUUAUAUUAAUAAUUGGAAUAAUCGGGUUUUUUUAUAAAAAUUCGUUAAUCUUUGGAAUCUACGGAAGUUUCUUGAUUGGAAUUAUAAUUGGAUUGAUUUAACCAACCCAAAAUAGGAUUUUUUAUCGAACUAAAAUGAAAUUAGUUGGCCUAGGAGUAAUUUUCAUGUACUUUACUGGAUUUAUCUAUAUUUUUUUUUCUUUUAGGAUGCCCUCUCAUCCGAUUGAAUAACAAUGA